AUGACUCGAAUAAUGCCAGCCCUACAAUCGCAUGUUGAUUUCCGGCAGUCAAUCAGAGGACAAACGGCCAGGCUGCCCAACUUCUACGCUCUUUUUCCUGAGUGGAAACCUCGACUUCAUCCAGAAUAUGACCGUGCUCGUGAUAAAGUGCUUAAUCCGUGGAUUGAACGCUGGGUCCCCGAUGCAGACACAGCUCGCAAAUUCCAAAAGGCGGAUUUUGGCCGUUUCGCUGCCAUCAUGUGUGCAGAUGCGUCUUUUGAGAAGAUGUGCUCUGUAGCCAAGGCGUUUGCAUGGUACUUUAUCUGGGACGAUUUAUUUGACUGUGGCAGCCUGACGCAUGAGAAAAUGGCUAUCCCAGAAUACCGGGACAAGUCUAUGCAAUACUUCUGCGCAGUUCUUUCCAGCAAGGAGGAUGCUCCGGACCUAUCAGGAUGCUCGGACGAGCUGCAAAAGGCACUGUUGUGCUGGAAUGAGGUGGCGGCCCACAUUAGAGAGGUUUGCUCAAAGGAAACCUGCGGAGUGUACCCUGUCAUAGCUACUAUUCCGUUUAUUUAUGGGGUCGACGUCAGCAAGCAAGAGCUCGCCGGUGAGCUGAUGGGACUGUUGUGGAGACAUACAUCUUAUUUGGUACACAUGAUCAACGACAUGUUCUCGCUCAGAAAGGAAAUUGCGGACAAUCAGAUCGAGAACCUCGUUCCGAUCUUGAUGCUCAAUCACAACAUCGACUGCAGCAGCGCAGUGGAGCGCUCGAGCUUGCUUGUCCAGGAGGCCGCUUGCGCCUUUCAUGAGGUGGAGAAACGUCUACGCGGACUGUCUCAGCAGUCACCCAAUCCGGUUACUGAAAUGUUCGUCAAAGGGUGCAAGGAUGUUGUUAUGGGGUUGACUCAUUGGAGCUACACUGGACAACGAUACUUCAAGCAAUCAGAAAUCGGUGUCGACAACGUGAUUGAAUUCCACCUCUAAGAAGACAGUUGCGCACAGAGAUCAAAUUCCUCAGCUCUGCAGGCAUGAUGCAGGACGGAGGAAUCUCGUCAGCGGCGUAAGGUUACAACCGGGGAUGGAUUCCGUCCAGAGCGGUU